AUGUCAUCGGAUUCACAACCAUCAUUACGUGCUUAUUGGAAAUCUAAAAUUAAAAAUGUUAUUAAACCUAAUAUAACAUCAUCUAUUCGUGGACAAUUAAUACCAAAUGAUACAUAUCAUAGUUUACGUGAAAAAUAUCAGAAUUUUACUGAUGUUGUAAAAGAUCGAACAGGUCUUGAAAAAAUUAUUAAUAAAACAAAAACAUUGAUUCCUGGCGUACGUUCAUCUGAUGAUAAUCAAACAUUUUCAAAAGGUUUUUAUGAUUCAUUAUUUAGUCCUGAUACAGCUGAAGAUGUUUAUUUCGAAGUAAUAAUUAUUUGUUUAUGGGUUAUUGCAAUAUUAUGUAUAAUUCCAACAAUAAUAACUAUGUUUAUAUCAGUUGAAAAAUAUGGAACGAAAACAGGUGGUGUUAGAACGAUAUUUUUUCAUAUAUUUUUAUGUGAAUUAUUUUAUCUUAUUUAUAUAUUAUUAUCAAUGAUAAAUGUAGCACAAAAUUUUCAAAUGACAAGUUUAUUUUGUAAUUUUGCUAAUUAUGGUAUGUACAUAACAAUUCCAGUUAUGCAUUUUGCACUAUUUUUUCUUACGCUGGAACGAUUAUCAAAACGAUUCAGUGCAACAACGGCUUGUACUAGAAUAUUUUCAAAAACCUAUGUAAUUCAAGUUAUUUUAUUUUUUAUUUGGAUUAUUUUUAUUGCAAUUUUGACAACAAUUAUGUUAAUAAAAGGACAAGUUUGGAAAACAAUUGAAAAUAAUGUUAAAAAUAUAGCUCCACCAAUGGCUCGUGAUUUUUUAGAUAAAUUUGUUUCAACAUCUUAUCGGUGUUCAAUUGAUGGUCGUUUAUCAUCAGUAUUUAAAGUUUUAUUUAUUGUUUUAUUUAUUAUAUUAAUUGUAUUAAUUAUUAAAUCCAUGGCUAUUUCAAUAUUCUAUAGUUUUCUUACGCUAAAUUUUUGUAAACCAGGAAACAAAGUGAAAAAAUCUAACGAUCGUUAUAUGACAUUAUUAUGUCUUAUAUUUCUUUUCUUAAAUGUACUUCUUUCAUUUCCAUUUUAUUUUGCAUCAAUGGCUACGACAGUUACACAAUUAAUUACAAGAAACGAUACAUAUUCAACAAGUUUAAAAAUAUGUUUUGCAUUACGUAUAUCAAGCAUUAUACUUCAAUGUUUCACAUUCUUUACAUUUGAAAAUAAUUCGUGGACUUUAUUAAGGCGAUUACUUUAUCAUGGUACAUGCAAAAAAUGUCCUAUAUUAAUUGAUAAUGGUAUUCCGAUAAAAAAACCAACUAAUACUAACAAAUCUCGUGAUAUAUAUGACUCCUCUAGUAGCUUAGAUUCGUAUGUUCCUAGACGUACAUAUGAUAAAGAUGCUAGUAAAAGUGAUGAAAAUAGUAGUAAAGAUUCAGAUAGUGAGAAUGAAGAUGAUGAUGAAGUAUUUAUAGAGGAAUCAAAAACUGAACCAGUAAAAACUAAAAAAUCUGCAACAACAACAGUAGACGUUACUAAGACUAAAAUUGAUAGUGAUGAUGAAACAAAACAUCAGCAAAAGUUAAAAUUAUUAACUCGAAAAUCGAAUGAAAAAAGAGAUCAAACAGAAGAAGAAAAAAUAUCUAUUAAAAACUUAACGUCGGAAUAUAAUAAAACUAACGGUAUAUCGCAAAAAACACCCAAUAAUGAACUUAUUUCUCAACAAAUAUCAUCAACAACAACUAAACCUAAAACAUCGAAACCAAAUACAAAUUACAGCAUGAUUGAAACUUCUUCAUCAGAUGAUGAUGAUGAUGAUAAUGAUAGAAUUUCACAUGUUAGUCUAUGUUCUGAUUAUGAGAUGAAACCGUUUAAGAAUAUAUCAAAGACAAAACCAAUAACUCAUAUUUCUUCAAAUGAACAAAAACGUAAUACAGACAUUUUAACAAAUAAUCAUCACUCGGCAAACCAACAACAUCGAAAAAAAUCACAUUUACAAUCAUCGACAUCAACGAAUCAUCAUCAUGUAAAAACACAACGACGACGAAAAAGAUCAUCAAUGAAUAAGAAUAGUCAUAUAGAAAAACCGAAACGGAAUCGACGAAGUAAUAUUCUUGAAAAAUCGGACGAUGUUUAA